AUGGGUUAUAAGAUCACUGACUUCAUCUACUUGCACAUUUUAAUUAUUGAUUAUGAGUCCAUAACCAAAUUACUUGACACAAUCAGUAAAGUGAAGCAUUUGAGGUAUCUUGACAUUUCAAAGUCUGGAAUAAGUGAGCUCCCAAAAUCUAUUGCUUUGCUUUACUAUUUGCAGAUUUUGAAGCUUGAAAGGAGUGUAAAGCUUCCAACAAAGUUGAGAAAGUUGAUCAACUUAAGGCAUUUCGAAGUUGAUUUGUGCAAUGCAAAUCAAAUUAAGCUAAUGCCUAAACAUUUAAGUCGAAUGACUCAACUUCAAACGCUUACUAUUUUUGUAGGUUGGUCAGAUGAAGGAUAUAAGAUUGAGGAGCUUGGACGUUUAAAAAACCUUAAAGGUCAAUUAAGCCUUCUACAACUCGAGCAAGUCAAAAGUAAAAAGGAGGCCAUGACUGCAAAUUUGGUAGAGAAAGAAAGCAUUUUUGUGCUAUAUUUUGAAUGGAGUCUUAACGGAGAAGACUCUGGUGACAAUGAUUUGAAUGUGUUGGAAGGGCUUCAACCACACAUAAACCUUCAAGGAUUGUGUAUUCUUAACUUUGCAAGUGAACUUAUGCCCAGUGGUAUUUUUGUUGAAAACUUAAUUAAGCUUGAGCUACACUCUUAUGCAAGAGUGUAA